AUGACUAGGCGUAUAGUGGUUGGAAUAGAGAACUCAUCACAUAUUAAACGGAUCAAGGUCUUUUUGGAAGAGUUGGAUUUGUUUAAUCGGAACAAAAAGAUAAGUAGAUCGGGCAAUUUGCACCAAUUAUAUACGACAUGCAAGAAUAUAGAGGAAUUGGAAGGCAUUCCUGGAAAGGAUAUACAGAUAGGUUACUAUGAGGAAGAAAGUUCUGAUAGAGGUACGUUAGAAGGUGUUGUUAGAGGGUUUUUGACGAACAUGGGGUAUGGAGGAGACGUUGAAAAAUUAUUGAAACACUUACCUAAAAAAUGGUCGGUGUAUCGUCCAAUGAUUCUAUUGAAUCUGGGUACGUUUGAUAGUGAUGUGUGGAAGGGCUUGUUUGAAGAUGGAGGGCUUAAGGACGAAUUUUUUAGACACGUACUUUCGAGUGGAGUAUUUCCGGCUGGAUUGACCCAUAUCGCGGUCAAUAAGCCUAUCAUAGAACAAGACAUAAUGAGAAGACCUUUCAACAUAUUGCCGAUGUAUGGUGAUUUUGGGCCAGAGCCCACGGAGGAGAUGUUUGACUCUCCCAGUGAACAAGAUUUUGAACAGGCUUUUUGGUGUUCAGUCGUUCAGAACGGAAUAUACCAAACAUGGGCACCUCGGUAUACGAUGUUUUCGAGAGGGAACAUCAAAGAGAAAAAAAGGUUGUUGGAGCAGUGUCAAGAUGCUGACAAGAAGUGUGUGGUCGACUUGUACGCUGGAAUAGGAUACUUUACAUUAUCGUAUCUCAAAAAUGGAGCGACGGUCUUUUGUUGGGAAAUCAAUCCGUGGUCCAUCAAAGGCUUGAUAAAGAGUGUCACUGAAAACGGUUACAGCUAUAAGUUGAUCAGACGACAAGAAUCGUUUGACCAUGCUUCUUACAAUGACGGCCCAUCCGUGUAUAUUUUCCAUGAGUCUAACGAGUUUGCCAUGGAAAGAUACCUGCAAAUUGGAAAAGCCUUACCUCUUGCGCAUAUAAACCUCGGUCUUUUACCCACAUCCACACCAUCGUGGUCUAUUACCAAGGCUUUGACACGCAAGUCGUCCACCGGCACCGUAAUUCACGUUCAUGAAAAUGUGCAUGUAGAAGAUUUUGCCAAGAUAGGCCAAAAGGCAGCGGAUUACUUUGAAGGAAAUGUCGUUACCAUAAACAAGGUCAAGACAUUUGCCCCUGACAUAUGGCAUGUGGUGAUAGAUGUUUCGCUCGAUUAA